GAAAUCGAUUCAUGCCGAUACAACUGUGGAGGGUAUGCAUCGGGAUGUUCCUGCGAUUAUAACUGUGCUUACUAUGGCAACUGCUGCCCAGAUUUCUGUGCUCAGUGUUCUUACAUCAAUUCUGGCUAUUGCAAUGCUGUUAGCACCACUGUUGGGUACGGCUCAUGCAGAUACAACUGCGGAGGACAAUCUUCAGGUUGUUCCUGUGAUUACAAUUGUUGGUACAAUGGCAGCUGUUGCUUUGAUUUCUGCGACCACUGCUCUUACAUGGGUGACGGAUACUGUUAUGCCACUACAUCUAGCCCUACUUGUGGAGGGUACCUGGAUGCUGCCAAUGGAACUAUCAGUAGUCCCAAUUAUCCAUACAACUAUCCAGAUAAUGCAGCAUGCGUUUGGUACAUAAGAAGAAACGUAAACCAAAGAAUCGUCCUGGUAUUCACUGAAAUACAGCUAGAAGUUACAUCAAGUUGCUCAUAUGAUUAUAUUGAAGUUUAUGAUGGGCCAUCAACGCAUAGUGAUUUGCUUUCAAAAUUUUGUCAAGGAUCACAUCUGAGAUUUGUAUCAUCAUACAAUAGUAUGACAAUUUAUUUUAGAACUGAUUCCAGUGUUACUAGACGUGGGUUUACAGCAAACUACUACACUCUGGACAAUGAUGAUGGAUCAUGUGGAGGCUAUCUUGAAGCUGUGUAUGGGUCAAUUACAAGUCCCAAUUACCCAUUCUUCUAUGGAGAUAAUGAACAAUGCAUUUGGUAUAUAAGAGGGGACAGUGACCAAAGAAUAAAGCUGAAAUUCACCUAUGUUGAUCUGGAAGUUUCGUCAAACUGCAGAUAUGAUUAUAUCGCAAUAUAUGAUGGACCGUCAACAAAUUCCACUUUGGUUGCAAAAUUCUGCAGUGGGUCAGAUCAGACAUUUACAUCAACAUCUAACAGUAUGACAGUUUAUUUUAAGACUGAUUCCAGUGUAACUAGACAAGGGUUUUCAGCAAACUACUACGUUCUGCCAAAUGAUGAUGAAUUGUUGACGUGUUUAUCUGAUUAUAUGGAAGCAAAAAUUAGUAGGUCCUACCUCAACCUUCUGGGUUUCAGUGAACACAGUCUUUAUCUGAAUGAUCGAAACUGCAGACCGAUAAUAACAGCCAGUGAUGUAAUCUUCAAAAUACCACUUAAUAGAUGUGGUACAGAAUGGCAGGAAAACAACAGCAGUAUCACAUAUUCCAACACCAUCCGAUCUUCACCUUCUGACUCAAUUGUAACUCGUGAAACAAACCUUCUGUUCAAUAUUGGCUGUGAAAUGCAACAAGAUACAAUGUCCAAAAUAAUGUAUGUGACGAAAGAAAACACAACCGGUGACAUCAUAGAUAAUAUCACAGAAUCUGGCAUGUUUAAUGUCAGCGUGAGAUUCUAUGAAUCACCAUCAUUUACCCAGCUAGUGCUAGACUCACCUUACUAUGUGGAUCUCAGGCAGAACCUGUAUGUGCAGGUCGAACUGCACAGUUCAGACAAGAAUCUUGUUGUUUUUGUGGAAGCCUGCACUGCAUCACCUUAUAGCUUUGACUGGACUUCAAAGACCUAUGAUCUGAUAAAAAAUGGAUGUGUUAAGGAUGGGACAUAUGGAAAUUAUCCCUCACCAACUCAUAAUGUUGCGCGAUUCAAGUUCAGUGCCUUUAAAUUCCUCAAUCUUCAUCCUUCAGUCUACCUGCAGUGUAAAGUUGUGGUCUGUAAAGCUUAUGAUUAUUCAUCUCGGUGUUACCGUGGAUGCAUCUCUCGGCAAAAAAGGGCCAUAAGUUCCUCAAAGGGGAGCACUGAUGUUCUAAUAGGACCCAUUGAACUGAAAAAAGAUCUAAAACAAUAUAAAGCUGAGGGAUUUGAAGAAGUGAAUGAAGCUGUGGAGACAAAUACCCAAUCCAGUUUUCCAUUUGUUCUAUCUUUGAUUGCUCUGAUUGUAGCUGUUUCAGCUUUGGUUGUCACUGUUCUAAAAUACAGGAAGCAACAAAGGCACUAUGCUCGUGAGCGGCUGCGAGACAAUGUCCAAAGUGUAACAACUCACUAAAUGGAAUUCGGCUCUGAAAUGAUCCUAUCAACCAAUAAUCAUGAUGAUUGAAUUCAAUGUUGGCUCCCAUCAAACUUAUUGAAUGGACAGAAUUCAAGAGCUCAUUAAAUGACUGUCUGCAGGAACUAAUUUGAUUACUGAAAAUAGAUGAGAACAAUUCACCUAUUGUGUCUGAAAAAUUGCUAAUAGAAUACAAUGAUUGAAUUUAUUUGUUGAAUUGUUAUGGUUCUCCUCAAAUUUAUUGCAAAAAAAUGUGUUGCCUAAAAUCAAUAGCAAUGCAAUAAAAUAUUUUCUUCUGCAUUA